CUUUCAACAUGUCAAACGUAUUCUUCGACAUCACCAAGAACGGUAGCCCAAUGGGCCGAAUCGUAUUCAAGCUCUACGAUGACGUCGUCCCCAAGACCACCAAGAACUUCCGAGAGCUCUGCACCGGCCAGCACGGCUUCGGCUACGAGGGCUCCAGCUUCCACCGAGUCAUCCCCGACUUCAUGCUGCAGGGUGGUGACUUCACCGCCGGCAACGGUACCGGUGGCAAGUCCAUCUACGGCACCAAGUUUGCCGAUGAGAACUUCCAGCUGAAGCACACCAAGCCCGGACUCUUGUCCAUGGCCAAUGCUGGACCCAACACCAAUGGUUCUCAGUUCUUCAUCACCACCGUCGUCACCUCGUGGCUCGAUGGAAAGCACGUCGUAUUCGGUGAGGUCACCCAGGGUCUGGACAUUGUCAAGGCCAUUGAGAGAGAGGGAACCAGCUCUGGUAAGACCAAGAGCACCAUCACCAUUGCCAAGUCUGGUACCGCCUAAGUGGAGGUGAACCUCAGUGCUUUGCUUCUGUGAUGUCCCCAAAAUCGUAGGACGAACAUGAAUAAUGAGUCGGGAAGACAAAGAGAAGGAGAAUAAGACC